AAUUUUCUUCAAUUAAUUUGUUUUCUUAAUUAAUUUUCUUUUAAUUUGGUUUUAGAAUAAUUAAGUUAAUUGGGUUAAAAAUUGAUUUGUUAAGAUAAUAUCUAAGUGUACAAUUGUUUUCCAUUCGAGUGAUUUGAUUUAAGAUUUUGUUUCUUUCAUUUAGAGUUUCAUCAUCAUGAUUAAUCUAAUUCAAAGUUAUGGUGGAGGUUCAUCAGAUGAAGAAGAAGGGGAAACUCCUGUUGGUACCAAGGUUCCAAUUAAACCUUCAACUAGUGACAAGAAAGAUAUUGAAUUACCUGUACCAUCAAUAUCUGUUGAUAUUAAAGGUAAAUUAAGUCAAAUAAAUACUUGCCCACAAGUGGAUGAGUCUCAUGUUAAAGAUUUCCGACAAAAAACUGAAUUUCAACCUGCUAUUGAUCUUGAUUCAACUAAAAAGAUUGCAUAUAAUGCUAAAUAUGAUGAUCUUUAUGCUCCCAAUAUUGGACCAUCUUCACAUCCCUCACGACCAUCUUCCUCUCUUCCUCGGAAAAACUUUCUAACCGGACAAGUUGAGGUGACAGCGGUAAAUGAUUAUCACUUUGAGACACAAAGACGAACCUUUCAUUUCCAUGGAAUAGCUUAUGAUCCCUCUGAUAAUGCAACAUUAAAAGAUAAAGUUGUCAAAGGAGCUGCAUCUGCUCAAUUGGGUUUACCAGUGGCCAGUGUUUCCGAUGACCCUGAGGUAAAAGCUUAUCAAUCAAAAGAUUCAACUAGCCGGAAGAAACGAUUAAAAAACGAUGACCCUAUGGACAUAGAUAAUUAUUUAGGACCUUGGGCUCCAUAUGAAGGAGAAGUUACUGUUUCUCGACCAAGUGAAGAAGAGCAGAAAGAGAUUGAAGAAUUUAUGUCAAAAAAGAAAAAGUUUACAGUUAAUCGUGAAGAGAAAGAAAUUGAUGAGAAAAGUACAAUUCACAUUCCAGAUCCAUAUGAUUAUCAAGGAAGAUCUUUCCUUCAUCCACCCCAAGAUUUAGAUGUUAAUCUAAGAGGUGACAAUGUACCUCGUAAAUGUUUCCUUCCCAAGAGGAUAAUUCAUACUUACACUGGUCAUACAAAGGGUUUAACUGCUAUUCGUUGGUUUCCUAGAUCAGCUCAUCUUUUCCUGUCCACUGGGAUGGAUGCGAAAAUUAAAUUAUGGGAAGUCUAUCGUGAUAGAAGAUGUAUUUUAACCUAUUCUGGACAUAAACAGGCUGUUCGAGAUGUUUGUUUCAAUCGUCGAGGUGAUCAUUUUAUCUCAGCGGGUUAUGAUCGCGGUUUAAAAUUAUGGGACACAGAAACUGGACAAUGUGUUAAAAGAUUUCCCAAUCGAAAGGUUCCCUUUUGUGUCAAAUUUAAUCCUGACGAUGAUAAAAAUCAUCUUUUCCUUUCUGGUAUGGCUGAUAAGAAGAUCCUUUGUUGGGACACAAGAUCAGGUCAAAUUAUUCAAGAAUAUGAUCGUCACUUGGGCGCUAUAAAUACGAUCAAUUUUGUUGACAAUAACCGACGAUUUGUUUCCUCUUCCGAUGAUAAAAGUCUUCGAGUUUGGGAAUGGGACAUUCCGGUUGAUAUUAAAUACAUCGCUGAUCCUGGUUUACAUUCAAUGCCAGCGAUUUCACCUUCACCUAACGGUAAAUGGUUGGCCUGUCAAUCGAUGGACAAUAAGAUUCAAGGUUUCGCUUGUCUAAAUAGUUUUAAAUUAAACUCGAAAAAAGUUUUCACCGGUCAUAUGGUUGCUGGUUAUGCUUGUACACCUGAUUUCUCACCUGACAUGUCAUAUUUAAUUAGCGGUGAUGCCGAUGGUAAAUUAUUCAUUUGGGAUUGGAAAACAACCAAAUUGUUAACUAAACUUCAAGCCCACGAAAAUGUUUGUAUCAAUGUACUUUGGCAUCCACACGAGACGAGUAAAGUUUUAACUGCUGGUUGGGACAAUAGAAUUCAUCUUUGGGAUUAGAAUUGAGUUGAUUAAAAUAACAUCUAAAUUAAGCUUCUGUUAUUGUUGAAAGCCAACAAUUUAUCUCCAUUUUAUAUGACUAAAUUGUUGGAAUUAUAUCAAUAUACCCAAAAGCUUAUUUUCAUCGCCAUUUUCACUUUCUCUUUGAUUCACUUCAUCUUUUCAUCAUGUUUGUAAAAAAUAAACUAUUUUCCAUGUGUAACAUCUAGAAAACAUA